AGCAUUCGGUGCUCAUGUCCCGACUUCUAUUUGGGAGUUUAGGAAACGCAAAUGCACAUACGGCGGGCACACAUACAGAGACCCACUAGGCGCACGCCAGACACUAGCACGCACAGACAUUUGCAGACACGCAUCACACACAGAUACUCGCACAGAAGACCGGGUCCGCCGAGGAUUCGGGGGGCGGUCGUCAUGGGCUGCUGCAGCUCCCUGAGCGCUGGGCACGACGCAGCGCUGGCGUCGGGCCCCGGGGCCAAACGGUUCUUCUACCUCGACGACCUCCCUCUCAGCAUUUGCGCGUCGCCGAGUGGCGUGGCCCACCUGCAGCUGCGCCUCGUGGGCCCCUCUGGAUGCUUGAGCGAUGCGAUGUGGCGCCUGGAGGACGCCUGCGAACAUCGGGGCCUGUUGAUUCAGUCAGCGCAGAUGAGCCGCGAGGGUGGCCUGGUCCACUGGGUCAUCGAACUGAAGGGGAUUCGCGGCAAGAUGGACGCCUUCCAGGUGUCGUCCCCCAUGAAGAUGCUGCCCUUCGCCAGCAAUCCCGCGAACGGUCUGGAGCUGAAGCUCCGGCGUGCGGGCCCCGAGCCGGGCCCCGAGCCGCUCCCCGAGUGGGUGGCCGUCGGGGUCCAGGGUCUCGGCGACGCAGGCGAUGGCUGCCUGGCGGCGGUCCCAGAGAUCCUCUGCGCCUCCGCGACGAGCGCGUCCUACGUCGUCGGGUGCCACGCCGCGUUGCUGCAGGCAGUCGGGCGGGCGGAAGCCUCCGUGAUUGCUGCCAAGCUGGAGACCAACGGCGUGUUUCUGGAGGACGAGCUCUGGGUGCAGCCAGUGCGGGCCAACGCGCAGGAGGUCGAUGACCUCGCGGCGGAGAUCAAGCAGUCUUAUGAAUGCGCGCUCUACGAACGAAAUUUCCCGGCAUACCUGCGGCGCGAAGACACUCCAAAAAAGUUCCUCGUCGCGAAGGAUGCCAGCGGCUUGGUCGGUGCCAUGAGGGAGAACGACGCCCAUAAGUUGGCUUCGCAGGCGGGGACGAUGCCACCAGAGCUGUACGGACUGCUGAGCGGCCUGCGGUACGAGAUGAGGCCCUGCACGGAAGGGUUCAAGAUCUGCGGGUUCGACAAGUUCAUCGGGGCUGGCUGGAUCCCCGUCGAGGCCGAGGUGCUUCCGCAAGAGCAGCGCUCCGCAGAGGCCCUGGCGGAGCUGCCUCCCGUCCUGGAGAUCCGGACCCACUUCUCCAGGGCGAGCGGCGGCGCCGGCGGUGCCCGCAGGGCCCCCAGGAGCGGCAUGGCCCCGCUCGACUCGCUGCAGCGGUGGGCCGCAUCCGGGAAGGGGCACGCGGAGUUUGUCACCUGGCUCGACGCGCCCUCGAAGACGUGGACGAUCUGGAAGGUCUUCCUGAACGGUGUGCUCCCCGAGGGGAUGAAGUGCGGUGCCCAGGCGGUGGCGGAGCACCUCUCCGGUGACGCCGGGCUCUUCUUCGGCGAGACGCCGGGCGCUCGUUCCAACUUGUUCGGCGCGAUCGCCGACCUGAGGUGCAUCAAGGUCUGCGACGUGGUCAAUUGGAACACGUACGUGCUGAUGGCCAUCGCCGCCUCCGCGGACCGGAGUCCGCAGAUGUUUGGCAGCCACAUGGCCAGCACGAUCGAGCAGGAGCUCGCGGCGGCCACGCUCAGCGCGGCCGACCUGGAGAGUGGCAGCGUGACCACGGUCUUUACCAAGACAGGGCUGGGCAGGCUCGUCUGCAACGUCUUGUCGAUCUGGAACGCCCAGCUCGGCUUGUCACUCUACGUGGAGGAAGCUGCCGUGUCCUUUGUGAGGGGGGCUCUCGAGCACAUCUGCGGGGAGGCGCGUGAGAUGAUGCACGUGCGUGUCAGCAUUGGCCGCGCGACGCCACAUAAUUCUUUUGCUAGAGCAACAUCUUGUCCGUAGUCGGACUCGACUCGCACUGCACAGAGCACUCGGCGACGUCAGCCUGCAAGAGUCGCGCGGCAGAAGGCUGGCGGCCAUGCACCGCGUGCACUGCCAGUUUAAAUUGUUACAAAGUUUCAAUUGUGGUGCAGGCCAGCCGGAGGGCCAGUGGUGCAGCAGUGACGCUCGUCGAGGGCGGUCCCCCUCCCCUCCCUCCUCCGUCCUCCGCCUCCGUCCUCCGCCUCCCCUUCUCCCCUCCCCCAAUGUUUCAAUUGUGUCAUUCUCCUGUGUCCGCUCCUUCUCCCCCUCCAAAAGUGCGCUGAAAAAAAAAGACACUCGCACAGAAGACCCUAAAACGUUUG